AUGAACACGGAAAUGUUUGUAAGAUGGUUGAGUGAAAAACUUCUUCCCGGAUUUAGUGAACCCAGCGUAAUUAUUUUAGACAAUGCGCCUUACCAUUCAGAAAUACUAAACAGAAGUCCAACAAAUUCGUGGAAUGUAGAUCAAAUUAAAGAAUGGCUAACAAAUGAACGCAUAUCUAUUCCACAGCAUAUAUUAAAGUCUGAGUUGUUACGUUUGACAAAAGAACAUGCGAAACCAAAAAUCUUUGUGGUGGAUCAGGUUAUUGAAAGUUACGGGCAUCAAGUUUUACGUCUUCCACCAUACCACUGCCAGUUUAAUCCCAUCAAAUAUAUAUGUGGAACAGCAAAACAAUAUUACUAUAACCAUAUUGGGCCUAAUGGUUAUACUGACGAAGCGGUUUGGGAAACUUGGCGAGAAGCACUUUCAAUUGCAACUCCAGAAGUAUGGCGGAACUGUAUAUCCAAGUUCGAAAAAUUAAUUGAGGAUUGGUGGAUUCGUGAAAAUAAAAUUAACGAAAUAAGCCCAAUCAUAAUAACAAUUAACGGUGACGACAGCGAUGACGAUGGCAGCUAUGGCGAUGAUAGUGUGAACAAUAACGAAUAA